AUGCAAGUCCUCAGUGAGAUGGAGGAGAUGGAGGAUUUGACAUGGUUGUGGUCCUUUUAUUACCUCGGAGUGUAUACUCUGGAGGGGAUCACAGGGAUUCCCGGGCAAGAGAACAUCGUACAUACACGGUGCAUGAUAGUGCCCAGGAUUCUGAAUGAAGAGAUGAGUAGCGCUUUCAGCAACCACAGGGGAGAGGGAGAAGCCUUGCCUGAGAAUCUACUUUCUCCGACUUCGGUCAGGAGAACAUUAUGGCCGUGGACGAGGGGGGGGAUGUGGGGGAGUGAAGGAGAGCAUCAUUGGGAUGGGCGCAAUGAUCGCAUGGAAGAGGUAUGGAACGAUGUUGGGUCACGCAUGGGGGAAGAUGGAGGUGACAUUCCAUGGGAAACAGAUUAUCGGACACUUUCGGACAGUGAAGCAAGUGAUGAUGGGAACUAUGGCAGUGAAGAUCCAUGGCUACCAGACUUCUUGUGGCUGGAUGAGAGGCAGAUAGCGCAGGGGAUAUAUCCCAAUGUGAUGAUUUAUAAGUUGGCACGGUUUGUGGGGGUGGAGGUACCUUAUAGCAGGGGGCAUUUGGUGCACAGUGAAGGGGUUCAGGUAGCCCAGAUGCCUAUUCUCAGAAAAGGGGGGCAGAUCUUCAUGUGCGCAGUGAGCCCUUCAUUCGAUGGUGAAAAUGAGGGAUGA